AUGUUUAUGACAUACAAUAAAAAGACAUGUAACAAGGUCCCUACUCACGGUGGAUUUCUACAAGUAUGCAAAAAUCAUUCGGAAAGUAACAAGUUUUUCAGAGAUCUUUACGGUCGUCCAGCACCAGACAAUGCUGACUACAUACAACGUAAAAAGGAAGGAGAAAUAUUUCCUAUGGAUUUUAAGUUAAUUAGAAAUCCUAAUUGGACCGAGAAUGCUAAAAAACCUGUUGUUUUUGGUGUAAAAGAACAGUUGAUAAUGACAUUAAUAAAUAAAAACGUAAUGAAUAUCAAAAUGUACGCGGGUAGAAAUAAAAACACAAUGCUAAUAGAUUUACCACGUCAUAUGAUUUUAAAAUGGAUCAAUUCAGUAGAAACUAAACAAUCACGUAAAUUAAAAUAUCAGUCAUCGGAAGAAGAGAAAGAAGAGAAAGAAGAAGAAAAAGAACACUAUAAAAUGUGUGAAAUAUUUCGGGCAAUGAAAUUGGAUCAUGAAAAGCCUUGUUCAAAGACACCAGAAAAAACUGCAACUAAUAAACCACCCAAAAGUUUGGAAAUAUUGCCGUAUUCUUUAGAUAUGCCUUGUACUAGUGCAAGCAUUAAGAACAGUGCCUUCCAAGAAGUCGCAAUUGAAAUGGAAAAAGAGUUUGAUCGCGAAUCGGAUUAUAUGGAUUCGGAUUGAUAUAUCGCAAAUUAAAUAGUUAAACAUCACAUUUUUUUUUAAUUCACAA